AUGUAAUUCCCUACUUUGAAAUUCGACAAAAAAAUGCCAUGAAUUACCUGAAGAUUAUAGCCUAUUUUUUAAUUAUAACGGUUCCCAAAAAUGUCGCCCAACCAAUUGAUUCCAUUGGCAGCCCAAUGGAUACGGAAGCCAUGACAAUGACAACCUCCAGACCCAAGCUAAUCAUUGAGGAAACGGAUCCCAUGAUGUAUCACUUCAUCACCGAACAUCGACCCACUUCUUUGGGCCAAAACUAUUAUAUAAAACCUGGCCAAUUGGUGGGGAGUUUUACCCUAAACUCUGGUAGCCUGCAAGUUCGUCACGAGGAUAAUGAUGGAAGGCCAGUGGCCAGCAAGAAAAAUAUACUAUUUGUGGCAUAUGCCAAGGAUAUGCCACAGAAAAAUAAAUAA